UUCAUUUCGGCUCGUCCCACUACACAUCACAGCAGUACACUUCUUUCAGCAUGAAGUAAUGUAGAAAGCUGUCUGCAUUAGAAUGUUAGUGAGUGUGUGUAGGGUGUAAAAGAUGGGCAGCGGUGUGGAGCAGAGCUGCUUCUGUGUCACUCUGAGCUUUCUGAAGGACGCUGAGGGAAACGAUGGACUGCAAGUGUCCACAGAGAGACAGCAUCAGGAUCUCACACUGAGGGUCAAGAGAGAGACUGAGGACAUCACCCUUACAGUAGAGGACGGUGAUGGAGUCUGCGUCUUUAAGGUGUCCAUUGUGAGGGAGGCAGAGUGUUGCCGAGUGGGGACUCAGUGUUUCCUCGUAACUGUCGGCUGUGUGAGCAUCCUACUGCAGUUCAAGACACAGACAGAGUUUCAGACCUUCUACAGAUCAAUAAGGGCGUGGAUUGACAGUGGGAGAGAGGCGUCUGCAUUCGACCAGAGAACAGAGAGCUCAUCUGCCCUCCAAUACUUCCAGGUGACAUCCAGCAUUCAGAUUCAACAGUGUUUUUAUGGCUGUCUUUCGCAGCAGCAGAACAUGCUUCAGGAUUACCUGAGAACGGCCACAUACCAAAAAGCCAUUUUACUGAACGACCUUGACUUCAGAGACAAAGUGGUGCUCGACGUCGGCUGCGGAACAGGGAUUUUGUCCUUUUUUGCCAUGCAGGCUGGAGCUAGGAAAGUGUACGCAGUGGAGGCCAGUUCAGUGGCCAAAUAUGCAGAAGUACUAGUGAGGAGUAACGGCUUGGCAGAUAGGAUCAUCGUGCUUCCUGGGAAGAUUGAAGAGGUGUCCUGUCCUGAGAAAGUGGACAUCAUCAUCUCGGAACCCAUCGGCUAUAUGCUGCUCAAUGAAAGGAUGCUGGAGAGCUAUUUACACUCCAAAAAAUGGUUGAAGCCUAAAGGUAUGAUGUUCCCCACCUUCAGCGACAUCCACCUGGCCCCUUUCACAGACGAGCAGCUUUACCUGGAGCACCAUGCACGCUCCAACUUCUGGCUUCAGACCUCUUUCUACGGAGUGAACCUGAGUGGACUCCAUCCUGCAGCCAUGGACGAGUUCUUCAAACAGCCAAUUGUGGACACAUUUGAAACUCAGAUUCUGAUGGCCAGGUCUGUGAAACACAGCAUUAACUUUAUGGAAGCGAAAGAAGAGGACUUGUACAGGAUAGAAAUUCCAUUCGUCUUCAAAGUCAUGCAGUCAGGACUGAUUCAUGGACUUGCGUUCUGGUUCGACGUGGCGUUUGUAGGAUCAAGGACAACAGUGUGGCUGUCCACUGCACCACAUGAGCCCCUGUCUCACUGGUAUCAGGUCCGAUGUCUCCUACAGACACCUCUUUUUGCCAAACUAGGCCAGACAUUGUCUGGACGGGUUCUUCUGAUUGCCAACAAGAGACAGAGCUAUGACAUUCAUAUCACAGCUGUAAUUGAUGAGUCUGGCUUUAAAUCUGGCAACACCUUGGACCUGAAAAAUCCCUUCUUCCGGUAUGCUUGACUCACAGUUUGAUGCUGGGACAAUCUGCUCCAAAAUCCUCACUCAGUCCUACAAAUACCCCGUAUAUGCCUGGACAAUCACUUAUAAUACUCAUAAUUUAAGUCUGUAAGAGCUGUUUGUACCUUAUCAAGUCUUUAUCUCAAAAAACUGUUUUAGUGAAACUUAA